AUGCUCAGCUACUCACGUAUCGCCGCUAUCUGCAAUGUCUUCGCCGCUCUGUCGGGCCAUACCAACUGCCAAGCUCGUCACGAGACGCCAAGCAUCGUUCACAAUCCCGAUGAUGGCCGCCCGUGUGAAUUGUUCGUGACUCGGGCUCAAUGUCCCACUGUACCGUUGCCACUGGAAUCCGGUGGAAUCUCAAUGCGUGCUCGAGUAGCUAUGCCGACGCUGCUCAGCUCAGCGAUGCAUCGAUACACAGGCGCAGCUCUCGCAAGUCCUGCAAUGCAUCUUUGCCACGGCCAAGCAGGACAAGCGGGUUCGAGACACUUUUCGCUCGUUUCAACCCCUUUCGAGCAUCCCUUCCUCCAGUUGUUGCCACUCGCCUCAGACUACAAGCUUGACGUCAGCAUCAGAUCAGGAUCGGAGCGGAACGCAGUCAUGGUCACCUUGAUUUGUGUCCUCCUCUCGAUCGCUGUGCUGUCGUUCAUGUCCUUUGUCGCCCGUGCAGAGGGCCGCCUCCUAAGAGUUCACACCGACGCACAAGCAGGAUCUAGCUAUCGAUAG